AUGUUGGGAAACCAGGAAGAAAUUGAUCAAUGGAUCGAGAAAUUCCCAGAGGAAUUUGCAGAAAGGAAGUUGGAGAACGAUACAAUGACAAACUUUGGUGUUGAUAUGAUGCCACUCUUUGUAAUGGAUGGUGUCCUCCCAUUUCAGAAGUUUCUGCUACCCAUUUUUGAACCUCGGUAUAGACUUAUGAUUUUUGCUUAUACCUUGUCACUUAAACAACAGAUAAGGAGUAUAAUGGAAGGCAACUGUCGGAUGGGAACGGACAUAUAUCCACCAGAAUGGUCUAGAGAGAGAGAGCAGACAGAAUAG